UAUUUAUACAAUAUUUCCCUAUCUCACUUCUCUUGCCUCUCUCUCCUCUCUUCCCCUCUCCUCCAACUCCUCCCCCUCCGGCCGGCCGCCGCCACGUCGACAUGGUGAAGUUCUCGAAGGAGCUGGAAGCGCAGCUCAUACCGGAAUGGAAAGAUGCAUUCGUCAACUAUUGGCAGCUCAAAAAGAAUGUGAAAAAGAUCAAGCUUUCCAAAAAACCCAAGCAUGUCUCUAACACUAACUACGACUUUGGCCGAUCCAUUUUCGAUCCCUUUCGAGCUCUCGCCCGCAAACUCGCCGGCUCCUCCGGCGACGUCGAAGGCCGCGAAAUCCUUCAGGUUAAAAGUAGAGUUUCUAAAGGAGAUGAUGGAGAAGAAGAAGAAUUAGAUGUUGAGGUUUAUGAAACUGAGCUUGAUCAGCUAUUUUCUGAAGAACAUGAGGUUAGGGUGUUUUUCGAAAUGUUAGAUGAAGAGCUUAACAAAGUGAACCACUUCUACAAGAGUAAAGAGAUUGAGUUUCUUGAGAGAGGAGAAAUUUUGAAUAAGCAGCUCCAGAUUUUGCUCGACCUCAAGCGCCUCAUCGCCGACCGCCGCCGGAAAAACUUUGGCGGCCAAACUGGCAGCGGCGGAUCGGGUUUCCUCUCUCGUUCGGGCUCUUCGUUCGGCCGGAACUCGGACUUGUCCGGAAGUGAGAGAGAAUUCUGCGACAGCCCAAAUGAAUCCCAAACAGAUGAAGUCGUCGCAGCGCUGGAGAAAAAUGGGGUUAAUUUCGUGAACUCGGCGGUGAGGGGAAAGACGAAGAAAGGGAAGCCGAAGAUGGCGAUGAGGAUCGAUAUUCCGGCCACGACGCCGACGAAGACGAUCGCGGCCGUGACGUCGAUGCUGUGGGAGGACAUAGCCAACAACCCCAAGAAGGGAGGAGGUGGUGAAUACAUCAACGCCAAGAAGAUUCAAUGUGCAGAGAAGAUGAUAAGAGGGGCAUUUGUGGAACUUUAUAGGGGACUUGGCUUGCUCAAAACAUAUAGCUCGCUGAAUAUGGUGGCCUUUACAAAGAUCCUCAAGAAAUUUGAUAAGGUGGCAAAUCAGCAAGCUUCAGCAAGUUACCUCAAAGUAGUUAAAAGAUCUCAUUUCAUUAGCUCUGAUAAGGUGGUGAGAUUAAUGGAUGAAGUGGAGUCCUUAUUCACGCAGCACUUUGCCAACAGUGACAGGAAAAAAGCAAUGAAGUUUUUGAGGCCCCAACAGCAAAAAGAUUCUCACAUGGUUACCUUUUUUGUUGGUCUAUUCACUGGUACAUUUGUGACAUUAUUUAGUGUUUAUGCAAUAUUGGCUCAUUUAAGUGGUAUGUAUUCGGCGGCAACAGAAGCCUCUUAUCUUGAGACCGUCUACCCUCUUUUCAGCAUGUUUGCAUUGCUGAGCUUGCAUUUAUUCAUGUAUGGAUGUAACUUGUUGAUGUGGAAGAAAACAAGAAUCAACUACAACUUCAUCUUCGAAUUCCAGCCAAGCACCGCCCUCAAAUACAGAGACGCCUUCCUCAUCUGCACCACUUUGAUGACCGCCGUCGUCGGCGCCAUGGUCGUCCACCUCCUCCUCCUCUCCGCCGGCUUCUCCCCCCAUCAAGUCGACUUCAUCCCCGGCGUCCUCUUGCUGAGUUUUGUUUUGCUUCUGAUUUGCCCAUUGAAUAUCUUCUAUCGCCCGACGAGAUACUGCUUCCUCCGCGUCAUACGCAACAUAGUGUGCUCGCCCUUUUACAAGGUUUUGUUGGUCGAUUUCUUCAUGGCUGAUCAACUGACUAGUCAGAUUCCAUUGUUGAGGCACAUGGAAUCCGCAACAUGUUACUUCCUCGCUGGAAGUUUUAAGACUCAUCGCUACGAGACUUGCAAGUCCGGGAAGCUAUACAGAGAGCUCGCGUAUGUCAUAUCCUUUGCUCCCUACUACUGGAGAGCGAUGCAGUGCGCAAGGAGAUGGUUCGAUGAGAGCAACAUAGACCACCUCGCGAACCUUGGGAAGUACGUAUCAGCAAUGGUGGCAGCCGGAGCAAGGCUGACAUACGCUAGGGAGCCCUCACAGGCAUGGAUGAUGGUGGUUCUAGUGACUUCUGUCGUGGCCACGGUCUACCAGCUCUACUGGGACUUCGUCAAGGACUGGGGGCUUCUCAACGCGAAGUCUAAGAACCCGUGGCUCAGAGAUGAUCUCUUGCUCAAGAAGAGAAGCAUUUACUAUGCAUCCAUUGCCUUGAACUGUGUCCUGAGAGUUGCAUGGGUGGAGGGUGUGAUGAAAUUCAACACCGGGAUGUUCGAGUCGCAUCUGAUCGCCUUUCUGCUCGCUUCGUUGGAGGUCAUCCGCCGCGGACACUGGAACUACUAUAGAUUGGAGAAUGAGCAUCUUAACAAUGUUGGCAAGUAUAGAGCAGUGAAAGCAGUUCCUCUGCCAUUCUCUGGGAUGGAUUCUGAUGGCUAAAGCUACACACAAUGCACAUUUGAGAGUAUAUAUGUUUGAGGGAAAGAGAUUUUUCAACAACCACUUAAAAAGGCUCAACAGGUUGUGAAUGAAGAAAUCCAGAUAUGUUCAAAUCCUAUUCAGCACAAGUUGGCUGCAUGUAAAUCAAGCACUUUUCAUAUGAAAAAAUUUCACUGCAUAAAUGUAUCUUUCUAUUUUUGCUUCAUGACAUUGUGAACUCAUCAUUGAGUUACCAAGAAUUAAAAUAAAUCUCAAGUACAUGUGAUUUACUCCCA